GAAAGCCAUCAUGAGAUUUGCGAGAUUCAUAGAUAGUCCCAAAGCCUCAACCUCACUGCAAUUAUAUCUAGUUUGUUUGUUUACUUGCUUGCUUCCUUAUUCUCUAGUUCUUCCUUCUUUGUACGCUUGUUUAUUUUAAUCCAAGAUGGCCUUCCCUGUCUCUGCAAUCGGAUAUGAAGGCUAUGAAAAAAGACUUGAGAUUUCGUUUUUUGACCCUGGUUUUUCUGUUGAUCCUCGAGGGAUGGGCCUCCGUUCCUUAUCCAAAGCACAAUUGGAUGAAAUCCUAAAACCGGCUGAAUGCACAAUUGUUUCUUCACUAUCAAACAAUCAUGUCGAUUCAUAUGUUCUUUCUGAAUCAAGCCUCUUUGUCUACCCAUACAAAAUCAUCAUAAAGACUUGUGGCACUACGAAAUUGCUCUUUUCGAUCCCUGCUAUUCUGAAACUGGCCAACAGCCUUUCACUUUCUCUACAGUCUGUGAGGUACACUCGUGGGAGCUUCAUAUUUCCUGGGGCUCAACCAUUUCCACACCGUAACUUCUGUGAGGAAGUAGCGAUCCUUGAUCGCUAUUUUCUUAAGCUUGGUUCUCAUAGAAAGGCUUAUAUUAUGGGUGGUUCUGAUAAAACAAAGACAUGGCAUGUUUAUUCAGCUUCUGCACGAAUGAGUAGUCAUUCAAAUCCGGUGUAUACUUUAGAAAUGUGCAUGACCGGUUUGGACAGGAAAAAAGCCUCUAUCUUUUACAAAACUCAUGCAAGUUCAGCAGCUUCAAUGACCGAGCAUUCAGGAAUCCGAAAGAUUCUUCCACACUCGCAAAUAUGCGAUUUCGAGUUCGACCCUUGCGGUUACUCCAUGAAUUCGAUUGAAAAGGGUGCAAUCUCAACAAUCCAUGUCACUCCAGAAGAUGGUUUCAGUUAUGCUAGUUUCGAGGCAUCUGGUUAUGAUUUUGAAACUCUGAAUUCGAAUAAACUGAUCGAGAGGGUUUUGGCUUGUUUCAAACCAACUGAGUUCUCUGUAUCUCUGCAUGUUAACAUGACCCGAGAUGACCUCAGGUGUAGGAUGCCAUCUUACGUGAAUGGAUACUGUUGCGAAAAAAGGAGCUUUGAACAGCUCGGGAAUGGGGGUUCGGUCAUGUACUACAGCUUUGUUGGGGGUGACAUGUGUGUGUCCCCUAGGUCAAUUCUGAAAUCAUGCAGCUGGAAUGAGGAUGAGCAAAGUGUUGGGGUUAGGCCUGCUCCAUACCAUUUGAGUGCUCUAUAGCUUUGGAUUGAAUCUGUUUCUGGAAAAAGAGAAUUGCACUGGCUUUAAAGCUUUAAAGGUGAGGGACCAGAAGGAUAAGGAUGUUGAACUGAAAUUAUGUUUUGUUUUUAAUAAUAUUUGUCUGUGUUGUUUUAUCUUUGAAUAAAUGUAAUUAUCAGUGAUAUUGAGUGGCAAAUGGGACUAGAAUAAAUUGUGGGAUUGUUGUUACUGUAGCAUUUUCUGGGAAAAUACCAAGGAAGCCCCUGUAAUUAGGGGUGGAUUGCAUUUUGGCUCUUCA